UUUGCUGCUAAUCUCUUGUUUUCCUUUCCAAAAAAGGAAAGGCGGAGGCCUAGAAAGCGCGCGGCUGCCGCUCUCGCAGCUGCGGCAAACAAGCCGCAAAAGCUGUAGCGCCUGCCCUGUAGCCCUCUCGGUCAGCUCCCUCCCCGCAGCCACAAUAGUCUCUCCGCCUCGUCCUCGCCCCACCGCUUCCCUCGACUCGACUCCGCUCGCAGCUCCCCCGCCCACGUGACCAGCCCGGCAAGUUCGGCGCUGGGAGGGAGCGAGGCAGCGCGGCCGACGCCGCAGCAACAAUAAGAGUGAGUGGCACAUAGUGUACUCGGGUCAGGAGAAGGGAGGGCAUUUCUGUGCAGCUCAAGCACUCCGGCCGAAGGUUUGUGAGGCCGCGGCAAGACGAAGCUGAAGCUGCUGCUGCUGCUACUCCUGCUACUCCUGCAGCCAUCGCCGCCACUGCAGACAGCUGGCCGCCCGCCGGAGCAAAAGCUGCUGCUUUAAGUGAAGCUUUCGUAGUCGUCCUUCCUUUGGUCCGCUCGGCUGCCGCUUGUUUGUGGGUGGCUGGACCGCCCCCUCGUGGGGCUCAACGGCUCCCUAUACGCCCCGCCAACCAGCGGCGGAGGAGAGGAUGGCGGAUCGGCUGUAGCUGUAAGGGCGCCCCGGGGAGCAGCCGCUUCCCCUGGAACAACGCGAAAGAGGAGGAAGCCAGCGGAGACUUGGCGGGAAACGAGAGGCGGAGAUGGCUAACGAGUCGCUUCAGGAAGCUGCAUCAGAACUCUUUCUAGGCUAACAUUGACUUGGGAGUGAUAAAGAGAUUCUGUAAAAUUUCCUGUAUCCUAAGAGAGCUUUCAUGAGUGACCCAGGCAACUGGUCAGUCCUGGAGCACCUGGGUCUGGACCAGAGCUCAGAUUUUUCAGACACCAGCGUGCAACAGAAAUUGGAUGAAGAGAAAGAGAAAAUUAAACGUGAGAUCCGCAAAGAAUUGAAAAUAAAGGAGGGAGCAGAAAAUUUGCGCAAGGCUACCACAGACCGUAAGAAUCUCUCCAAUGUGGAAAACUUGCUCAAGAACUCCAACCGCAAACUGGAGACGUUGCAUCACCAGCUUCAGGAUCUCAAUGCACAUAUUGUCGUCAAGGACCCUGAAGAGCUGGGGGAUGCCCCACAAUCACCAGGCAGCUUGAGCCGAUCAACAGCUACCAAAAGUCGUAUUGCUGGUCUGGAAAAGCAGCUCAACAUUGAGUUGAAGGUGAAGCAGGGAGCAGAGAACAUGAUCCAGAUGUAUGCCAAUGGUGCUGCCAAAGACCGGAAGUUGCUGCAGACAGCCCAGCAAAUGCUACAAGAUAGCAAAACCAAGAUAAAUAUUAUCCGCAUGCAGAUUCGCAAGGCUGUGCAAGCUGACGAGGUGCAGCUGACUAUGGAAGAUGGGCAAGGGAACACAGAUCUAAGCGCCAUAGAAUUGAGAAUUGAGGAGCUUCGCCAUCAUUUCCAAGUAGAAUAUGCUAUAUCUGAGGGUGCCAAAAACGCACUGCGUCUUCUGAGCUCCAGCAAAGUUCAGGAUCGUCAUGCUAUUUCUGAGGCACAGACCAAGCUGAACGAAUCAAACCAGAAGUUGGAUCUUUUGCGAUAUUCUCUGGAGCAACGUCUGGCUGAACUGCCUGAAGAUCAUCCAAAGGCCUGCAUCAUCAAGGAGGAACUCAUCUUGGCCUCUUCUCCUGCCUUCAGUGCCCGCAAUACCACUUCCUACCAGCAUAACCAGUAUAAUACCCUAUCAAAGCCAUCUCCACUCACAGGGACUCUGGAAGUUCAGUUGUUGGGCUGCAGUGGAUUGCUGGAGGUUGUCCCAGGACGUACCCAUGGCUCCACUGUCUGCCUGCCUUGCAACAGUCCUGGUGAAGCACGACCUUCGUUCAUGAGCCGCAGCGGACGAGGGCUGUAUAAUCGCAGUGGUAGUGUAAGUGGCAGGACCACCAUCAAAUCGGAAGAUACCAGCAAUGAAGUAAGUGCUGUAUUGAAGCUGGAUAAUGGAGUUGUGGGACAGACCGCUUGGAAAUCCAUUGGCCUACAAGCUUGGAACCAGGUUUUCACAGUGGAAUUAGAAAGGUCAAGAGAGCUGGAGAUUGGUGUUUAUUGGCGUGACUACCGCAGUCUCUGUGCCCUGAAAUACCUCAAGCUGGAAGAUUUUCUUGAUAAUGAACGCCAUGAAAUUCACCUGGAACUGGAGCCACAGGGCACUCUGUUAGCAGAGGUUAUCUUUUUUAACCCUGUCAUUGAACGCAUACCCAAGCUCCAGCGACAGAAGAAGAUCUUUUCCAAGCAGCAAGGGAAAGCUUUCUUGCGUGCUCGUCAGAUGAACAUUGAUAUUGCCACAUGGGUACGUCUCCUGCGACGCAUCAUCCCCACUGCCAAUACUACAGGCACUUAUAGCCCCUCAACGCAGAUGACUCCAACAUCUGGCUCAGAAAGUAGGCAGAGCUCUGGGGAUAUUGCCAUUGAGAAGCUGAAUUUGGAUGGGGAUAGAGUUCACAUUGGGCAUUUGGGCCAGGAUGAUGCUGAGCUUCCUGGGAAAGUCUUACUGACUUCACAAGCUGGGGAGGAAGUCUUUCAUAUGGAGUUAGGUUCAGGAGUUGAGACUAGAGGAUCUGAAAGUAUUUUUCACAGCAGCCAUCUGAGAAAAACACCUCUCACUAUGGAUGAUUUCCAUUUUGUAGCUGUGCUAGGUCGUGGACACUUUGGCAAAGUGUUGUUAUCUGAGUUACGCCGAACAAAAGAACUGUUCGCUAUUAAGGCAUUAAAGAAAGGGGAUAUUGUCGCAAGAGACGAAGUAGAGAGCCUGAUGUGUGAGAAGCGGAUUUUUGAGAUUGUGACCCAAGCACGGCAUCCUUUCCUAGUGAACCUUUUUGCCUGUUUCCAGACACCCCAGCAUGUCUGUUUUGUCAUGGAGUACACAGCAGGUGGUGACCUCAUGAUGCACAUACACACCGAUGUUUUCUCAGAGCCACGUGCAACGUUUUAUGCUGCUUGUGUUGUUCUGGGGCUGCAGUUUCUUCAUGACCACAAGAUAGUAUAUAGGGAUCUGAAGCUGGAUAACUUACUAUUGGACACAGAAGGCUUUGUGAAAAUUGCAGAUUUUGGCCUCUGCAAAGAAGGAAUGGGCUAUGCUGAUCGUACCAGCACAUUCUGUGGGACACCAGAGUUUCUGGCUCCUGAGGUCCUUACAGAUACCUCCUACACAAGAGCAGUCGAUUGGUGGGGCUUGGGUGUCCUUAUUUAUGAGAUGCUUGUAGGCGAGUCCCCAUUCCCAGGAGAUGAUGAAGAAGAAGUAUUUGACAGCAUUGUCAAUGACGAAGUGCGCUACCCCCGUUUUCUUUCCACAGAAGCAAUUGGAAUCAUGCGCCGGCUGCUGCGUCGGAAUCCAGAAAGGCGCUUGGGGUCUAGCGAGCGCGAUGCAGAAGAUGUGAAGAAGCACCCAUUUUUCAGAAGCAUUGAAUGGGAAGCUUUGCUGGCUCGUAAGAUGAAACCACCGUUUGUGCCAGUAAUUAAGGGCCGUGAAGACAUCAGCAACUUUGAUGAGGAGUUUACUGCUGAAGCAGCUGUGCUGACACCACCCCGUGAAUCACGGCCCCUCACCCAAAAGGAACAGGAUGCCUUCAAAGAUUUUGACUAUGUCUCCAGUGUCUGCUAGCUCCGGAAGUGAGGGCAAGGAGAUUUCCUCAACACUGCCAGCUCAGUGAGGCAGAAUUCUGUUCCUCCGUUGACUCAAAGACACUUCCUCAUACUGCCUGCUAGCUCCAGAAGUGAAAUCCAGAAAAAAAAAUCACAUUGCUACCAUAAUGUGAAAUGAGUAGUGUUCACCAAUGUAUGCCUGCUCUGGGAUUAGAAGGGCAAAUUCCAAUAAUAUUUCUGCAUUGUGCAGAACACAGUAUAAUUCAUGCAGAAAGUUGGGCACCUGCUGGCUCAAAGUGAGAGCAGGAAAAAGAAAGAAAGAAAGAAAGAAAGAAAGAAAGAAAGAAAGAAAGAAAGAAAGA